GGCAAAUACAGAUGAGGCACCGGGCAAUGGGCAGAGGCAUCUUCCUAAAAUUCGUCAUCGGUAAGGGUACCUUUAUAUCUUCCUGGAUGCCCAAAAUGCAGGCGCACCAUCAGUAAUUACAGGCUUACAACUUAUCGUCACCUAAGCCCUCCGCCUACCCCUCCUUCCUCAACACCGACUAAGGUACCCUCUUACCUUUUAAGUGCCUAAACGUCCCACACAUCAUGCCGGCACCCGUGCCCAUCGAGCCGGAAGCCUUCCUCAACGGCACGACAGACCCCGAGACAGACAGCACCAUCGCCACAAGGGCUCACUACGCACCUCCAUGGGCCGAUGUCAGCAUCAUUGGCAUCGCCGGUAGUUCUGGUUCGGGCAAGUCGACAUUGUCCCAAGCCAUCGUGAACAAGCUCAACCUGCCGUGGGUUGUUAUUCUGUCCAUCGAUUCGUUCUACAAGAGCCUAGAUGCGGAGUCGUCAAAGAAGGCGUUCCGGAACGAGUACGACUUUGACGCGCCAGACGCCAUAGAUUUCGAUGCCCUCGUAGAGCGCCUGCAGGAUCUUAAAGCCGGGAAACGUGCCGAGAUCCCGGUAUAUUCCUUUGAGAAGCAUGCCCGUCUGGACCGGACAAUGUCCAUAUACUCGCCGCAUGUCCUCAUCGUCGAGGGUAUAUUUGCUCUUUACGAUCCCAGAGUCCUCAGCUUGAUGGACAUGAAGAUCUUCUGCGAGGCCGAUGCAGACACGUGCCUCUCAAGAAGGAUACUGCGCGACCAAAAAGAGCGUGGUCGCGACAUCCACGGCAUUAUCAAACAAUGGUUUACCUUUGUGAAGCCAAAUUUUGAAAAGUACGUCAACCCUCAACGAAAUGUCGCCGACAUCAUCGUGCCUCGAGGAGUCGAGAACCAGGUUGCAAUGACCAUGGUGGUCCAGUUUAUUCAGCAGAAGCUGCUCGAGAAAUCGGCACGCCACCGCGCAGCACUCACGCGUCUGGAAAUCGGGGCACAGUCCGAGCCGCUUUCGUCUAAGGUUGUCGUCGCGAAGCAGACCACACAGAUGCGCGGCAUGAACACCAUCAUCCACGACAUCGACACUUCGAGUGAAGACUUCAUCUUUUACUUUGACCGCCUCGCCGCGCUAUUGGUCGAGCAGGCGCUGAACAACAUCCCCUUCCUCUCAUCUGACAUCACCACGCCACAAGGUCUCACCUACCUCGGGCUGCGCCCCAAGGGCGAGGUCUCCGCCGUCAUCGUCCUCCGCGGCGGCGCGGCGCUCGAAGCGGGCCUUCACCGAUGCAUAACCGACUGCAAAACCGGGCGGAUGCUCAUCCAGAGCAACAUUCGGACGGGCGAGCCCGAGCUACACUACCUGGUUCUGCCCCCGGACAUCGACCAGCACGAGGCGGUUCUACUCCUGGACGCGCAGAUGAGCAGUGGUGGGUCGGCCCUGAUGGCGGUGCAAGUGCUCAUUGACCACGGCGUCAAGGCGGAGAGGAUCGUCUUGGUGACAUACAGCGCCGGACGCAUAGGCCUGCAUAGGUUGACGAAGGUCUUCCCUGGGAUCACGGCCGUAAUCGGCCAGAUCGUGCAGGAUAUUGAAGAGAGAUGGGUGGAGAAGAGGUAUUUCCGGUGCUAGAAGGCUGUCAGUCACUCGGAGGCGUUGGGAGUGUUCACGGUAGGUCGGCGGUUGCAUAGCCUGGCGUUCUCAGUUGAUCCACCUAUAGUGCGCAGAAGGACCUGAAGAUAUUCCGAGCCCCCAGGGCACACUGCG